AUGUCAUUUGGGAACUUUUAUGAGAUUUGUCAAAAAACUCCAUUACCUCUGUGUAAUGUUUUACUGCCCAACCACGGUACAAACUUCAAGGGAAUUAUUUCUACUUGUUACGCUAGAAGUAUAUCGGUAACCAACACAAUGAUUUUCCAGGUAGGGAACUGUUUUAUACACAUCAGCGCUAUUGUCGUCUUGAUGAUUAUUGUGUUCCAUGAUCGAAAUGCUUUUUUUUUCUACCUGUACAUUGCCAACACCAUCGCCUCAUUGGUCGUUGAUGCUGGUGUUUCUCCACCCAGCAGUGCAACAUACGGAUACUUCGUGGCAGUUCAAAUUGGCCUGGCAUCAGCCUGCUGCUGGUCUCUGAUGCUGAAUGGUUUUCUGGGGUUUCAGUUUUGGGAAGAUGGCACAAGAAAAUCUAUUAACUUUACUAGAUUGAUUGCUUUAUGUGCCUUUUCCCUUAACUUUAUCCUUUCGCUUUUCACUUUUCACAAUUGGUCCAGUAACUCAAUUGUCGAUAACACAAAUACACUCGCUCUUUUCGUGACCAUGUACUUCCUCAAUGCGGUCACUAUUGGCAUUUACGUACUCUCUCAAAUCAUUCUUAUACUGACUAUUUUGAAAAACUGGUGGGCUUUGGGUGCAAUCAUGUUAGGAUGUUUCUUUUUCACUGCAGCACAGGUUCUCAUGUAUCGUUUUUCAAAUCAGAUUUGCGAGGGUGUUAAUCAUUACCUUGAUGGACUGUUUUUUGGUACACUUUGCAAUCUAUUCGCAGUGAUGAUGCUGUACAAGUAUUGGGACAUGAUUACAACUGAAGACUUGGAAUUUUCGGUCUCUAACACAGAUGGAGCUGUACCCUGGACAAACGGAUUUUUUGAUGAAAAAGAUAACCGAGAGCCUAGUAGUGCAAUUGGAUAG